ACGCGCAGUUGAGAGGCGUACAGCUAGAGCAGCGUCUGCUGUCAGCUCUUCAGAUUGAGCACAGUUAGCUCCCUGCUUAGCAAACACUGCUCACAGACAUAACUACAUGGACGAGUGACGCUGUGUAACAUUCUAACGCCAAUUUUUCUAUGAAGCUGACCGGGCCGGGAGGAGAACCAGUCAGCGGGGCAUUGUUUUCAGUCCGCACUUCACUGUGAGAGGACGGCGAGAGGACUGAAAUUUGAGCUAACGUUGGUUAGCCGGCUAAUGUUAGCUUCCCAGCGAAAUGGCCUACAGGUGUAUCCCAGAUGAUGUAAGGCACCUCUGCCUGUAGAGACCAAGAUGACUGAAGUCCAGGCCACAGUGGAGUUCUCUGUGGAGCUCCACAAGUUUUACAAUGUGGACCUGUUCCAGAGAGGGUUCUACCAGCUGCGUGCCAGUCUUAAGGUGCCACCCCGCGUCCCACACAAGGUUGAGGCCAGUCUACUUCACCCAGGAGGCUCUGAUCUGGCGUUUCCUGCAUCAGUCCAAGAUGACGUCAUCUGCAGCAAAACGUUCCAGAUCCUGUAUAAAAAUGAAGAGGUUGUUGUCAAUGAUGUCCUGCUCUUCAAAGUGAUGAUGCUGCUUGAUGAAAAGAGGGUAGAAGAGUCCCUCAAUGAUAUGGAUUUCCAGCUCUUCUUGGAUUUAUAUUUCACAGAUGGUGAUUACACGCCAGAUGAUCCAAACUCUCUACAGAAUAUCAGUGGUCGCACACUUCGUUUGCACUUUAGCCUUCAGCGAGGCAUCCACCAACACAUCAAUGUCAUGUUUGACUACUUCCACCUGUCUGUCAUCUCGGUAGCCAUCCAUGCCUCCCUUGUGGCACUACAUCAGCCCCUUAUCAGUUUACCUCGACCCGUCAAAUCUACAUGGCUUAACCGCAAUGCUCCAGCGCAGAGCAAAGACUCAGUCAUCCCACCUCUGGAGAAUGUCGUGUUUGGCAGCACUUAUGUCAAGCAAGUAUCGCCAGAUGGCAGGACAUUCUUGGUAUCUGACCAGUGUCUGCAGCAUGCCUUCAGUCUGCACCAUAACCUUUGCUCCAAUCUCCUAAUAGCCUACCAGGGCCUCUUUGGCUACUUCACCUCCAUUACUAAGGACCUGCCCUCCUCUCAUCGUAUGGAAUUAGCCAAGCCCAGCAUGCAAGUCCUUUAUGAGCGAGUACUCAGAAGACCCUAUCCCCGAAGUCAAAGGCACGUCUACAUAGAACAACUUGACUUAGAGGCCCGUCUGACUGAGUUAUGUGAACAAGUCAAGCAAAAAGCAGAGUCACCUGAUGAGCUGGCAGAACUAGUUAAUAUGAACCUGGCUCAACUCUGCUCUCUGCUCAUGGCUCUCUGGGGACAAUUCCUAGAGGUUGUGUCCCUGCAGGAGCAUGUUGCAGCCAUACUAGCUGUGGAGCAUCAUACACUAAGAGUCAGGCGGUUUGCUGAGGCUUUCUUUUGUCUUGAACAUCCAAGACAAUCCGCACUGGCAUAUCAGGAGUUACAUGCUCACAGUCACCAACAGAUGACUAAUGCGGUCAAAAGCUCCAGCUACUUCUUGUCUUUGCCUCCACUUCCAGUGGAAUGUGCUGACCUGGAUGGUGAUGUUAGCUCACUACCAAUCAUCUUUGAGGAUAGAUACCUGGACUCUAUCACUGAAGAUCGGGAUGGACCCUGGCUGGGCAUGCACAAUACAAGGACUGGCUCAGCUUCUGCUAAAACAGACAAGCCUAAUGCAAAGGACCUCAGUGCAGCAGCCAGCCCAAUACCUGAGUCACGAUGUGCCCCUGUGGAUAACCCCUGGCCUGACAACUGUGAUCCACCACCUAAGUCCAAAGGCAAGUCAGUCAAACUGAAGAAAAAUUCAAAGGCUGAAAACUCUAAGAAGCUGAUUAGACAAGGCUCUAAAGACUCUGUGGUUUUGGUGGGCUAUAAGAACCUCAAAGCUCCCUAUAGUGCCAGCAGCUCAAAGUACAAAGAAGGGGAAGUUGCCCUUAACCAAGCUGAGGAACAAGGUACUUUACUGGGGGACACAACUAGUCAUUUAAGGACUAAUGCCAGUUCUGUUUUCGACUCUGUUGUCACAUCAGUACAUUCUGGAAACCGUGCUGAUGAUGCUGUUGUGGACAAUAAUGUAAGUAAUGCUGCUUGUCAGAAAGGUAUUUUUACAAAUCCUACAAUCUUGGACACUCAGAGUAAUCCCCAGGCGGGUACUGGGGCUGUUGCUACAUGUAACCAACCGAUUCCAAAAGACAAACAAGACCACAGUGGCCAAAAGAUGCCACAAUGGUCUGCUGGACUAAAACAAAAUGAGGUGGAAGGAAGUAACAAGGACCCAUACCAACAUGAUAAAGUAAUGGCUCUACCAUGUCAGGCUGAAGGAAGAGUCAACAGUAAUAUUCCUGAGAUUACCCAGACAGACCUCUGUUACUCACAACAGUCUUUUGUGGAAUCUGUAUUUGAAAGGCCAAGUAAAGAGACAGCGCAGCGCAGCCAGUCCUGUGUAGUCUCAGUACAGGUAAAGAGUGAUUGUAUCCGACUAACAGACGGAGGAGCCCCCAGUGCUUCAUCUCGCCUCUCAGACUCAGGCAUUGAAAGUGAGCCCAGCUCCUUUGCCACUCAGCUUGUUCUAGGACAAAACACCUGUGCUGGCGUAUGUGUUGGGGAAUCAGGUGUUGCUGUGGCCCCACAGCCUGAGAGGGCCCUCCAGAGUUCUGCACCACGACCUGUUCAGCAUAGCACAGUGCAGAAGCCUGGAGGGGCUGGAGAAAUUCUGUACCCAGAAAGCAUCAGCGCUGUCAGUGGAGUCCAGUCAUCUCUCACUUCCAUCAACUCCUUGCCUUCAGAUGAUGAAGGUGAAGGCUCCUCUAGGGCCUCCAGUGGAGCUGAAGUCCGUGGCAGGAAAUCGAGCAUCUUGGUGCAGGAGCAGAGUUUAGUCUUUUCUGGAGAUAUCAGCGGACGGCCUGAUGCUGCCUGCAAACCUGACACUGUUACAGGGGAUUCCCAACUUGGAAAGCCUUCUUUGGAUUUGGAAACAGACCCCAAAUUAAUAUGUAUUUCUGACUUGGGACUACAGGAAGCAGCCAGCUCUGGAUAUAAGGAGUCCCGUAGUGAACCUCAUACAGCCUGCCCUUCCAGUAACUCUGCCACCACCAGUAGCACUGACCUGGUAAAACGUGGAAUGGUUGAGAACUACUUCGGCUCAUGCUCUAGCACAGAUGUGUCUGAGAUCAGCCCUAUAGAAACAUCUGCUAUCACACUGGGAAUUCAGGCAGGACCACAGGUUGAGGAGGAUGAGGAUGAGACGGAGCAUGAGAUGAUAGAGAAUGGUUACUAUGAGGAAGGUGACGGCUACGCUUUUGUGAAUGGUGUUGCUGAUGAUGAGCAGGUUGGGGAUGCAGCUGCUCAAGAGACAAAUCUUUCAUUUGAACAACUUGGCAUUGGCUACCUCCAUGAAACAAAAGAUUUAUCAAAAGCUCCGAUCUGCUCAAACAUAACCGCCAGCAGUGUUGGAUAUAGCUUCGGAAGACCUCCUUAUUCAGCCACUUCCCUUUCUUCAAGCUUGCAGUGGUAUGAGUGCGCACCCACACCACAGAUGAAAGCGUUUAUUAAGGCCAAGGAAGAAAUGAAGCAGCUAAAGCUUCCUGGGUUCUUGUACAGCGAGGUGCCUGAGCUGGCAUCCACUGUGCCCUAUUUCAGCAUGGAGGAAGAUGAAAGCUGUGAAGAAGGCAUCCAUCUCAUAGUCUGUGUCCAUGGCCUGGAUGGUAACAGUGCAGACCUCAGACUUGUGAAGACCUACCUGGAGCUUGGACUGCCUGGUGCUCGUAUAGACUUUCUAAUGUCGGAGAGGAAUCAGAAUGACACCUUUGCUGACUUUGAGUCAAUGACGGACCGACUGCUGGAUGAAAUAGUCCAGUACAUUCAGAUAUACAACCUUACAGUGUCAAAGAUAAGCUUUGUCGGUCAUUCGCUGGGAAACCUCAUAGUCCGCUCAGUGCUGACCAGACCCAGGUUUAAAUGUUACCUGAACAAGCUACACACUUUUCUUUCCCUUUCCGGGCCUCACCUGGGGACACUAUACAACAGUUCUGCUCUGGUGAAUACAGGCCUUUGGUUCAUGCAGAAGUGGAAAAAGUCUGGGUCACUUUUGCAGCUGACAUGUCGUGAUCACUCUGAUCCUCGCCAAACUUUCCUCUAUAAGCUCAGCAAGAAAUCUGGUUUGCAGUUUUUCAAGAAUGUGGUGCUAGUGGGGUCACUGCAGGAUCGCUAUGUUCCCUAUCAUUCUGCUCGAAUAGAAAUGUGCAAAACUGCAUUAAAGGACAAACAAACAGGUCCUGUGUACGCUGAGAUGAUUGAAAACUUGCUGCUGCCAGUGCUUCAGAACAAAGACUGCAAUCUAGUGCGAUAUGAUGUCAUUCACGCCCUGCCCAACACAGCCAACUCCCUUAUCGGCCGGGCUGCUCACAUCGCCGUCCUCGACUCUGAGAUCUUCCUGGAGAAGUUCUUCCUUGUUGCAGGCCUCAAGUUCUUUCAGUAGAACUGCGACAGAUUCAGACAUUUGGCUGGACAAGAGGAAUGUGGAGCGUAUACCUCAACGCAGCUAAAUUUUAUUCUGAUUAUAGUAUCUGGAUUAUCUCUUUGUUUUUAAAUGCAUAUAACUUUUUUUUAAUUAUCAUUCAUAUAAGGAAAAUUGUGGUUUCUGUCUGAUGAUGUUGGAAUCAGUGGUUAUGGAUCUUGUUAUUUUUAUUUUUCUACUACUUCCUUUUUUCUUUUUUUCUUUUUUCUUUGGAGGGGUGGUUAAAUUAUUUCCCCUCCUCAUAUGCUAUAUUUUCAGUGUUAUUUAUGUGCUUUGUUUUUACUUAAAACAUUAUUUUACUCCAAGUUAUUCAGUUAAUUUUAGAUGCUGAACUGGAAAUGUAGCUGCUACAAAAAAGAAAUGGCUGUUUUGGUGAGCUGACCCAAGUCAAUUCUGCACGUACUGUCCUCACCAUUGCAAAUGAUUUUUUUUCCACCAAAUUUAAGAGACACUGCAUUGAUUUGCACCACAACUACAUUUUACAAGCUUUUGUACUGAAAAUGGUCAUUUGUACAAGUUACUUUUUUUAUCAACAAUUUUCCAUCAUUUUUAAUGGCAAAGAUUGCAUUUGAAAUAGGAUUGUUUCUCAGCCUUGGCUUUGGUUGAAAUCUUUAUGCUGUCUCUAACAGUUACAGCAUUCUGCACAUUUGCCCAGCCUGGCGUUGGGAGCGUAAAGCUUUGCCGACAACAUGACAUUUGAUUACGGGGUUUUAAGCAAUGAUCAUGAUUCAGGAAAAGCACGUGUUGGUAAUAUGAACCUUUUAUCGAAAGCACUUGGUUAAUCAUUUGGUGAUUAUUUAUGUUUAAACUGGAAAUGUUGGUUGAAACUGAGAAAUGUUUCUUGGACAGUUGUUUGUAUAUCAUCAUAAUGUAACAUUAAAUAUGCAUACUAUGAAGUAUGUAUAAGACUU